AAAACCCUAGAAAGAGAGAGAGAGAGAGAGCUGUAGAAAAUAAAAGCUAUUACCGGAAGCCCUCUUCCGUUUCUACACAGUGUGACACUCUUGAAAUAUACCUUCUUUGCUGUUGCUGAUCAGAGGGGAAGGCAAAACCUCCACUGAGGAAACCACAUCCAGGGAAUACUGGUAGCUAUAUGAUUUCGCUAAGACCUAGGAUCUCAGGAGAUAAUAGUGUGAUUUGCAUUUUACUAUUUUUAAGUUGUUGGAAACUAGCAAUUUAAAUACCGGUUCAUUGUUUGGUCCAAUUCUCUUGCUAACAGUUCAACUUACUAAACUUGGAGAGCCAGUUUGGUGCAGAGAUUAAAGACACAGGAAUAUAAUCAAACUGCCUCGGAGAAAAAUGUAUGCAAGUCGUUGUUGAUGUUGAUUCUUCUCUUGUUUGCUAAAUGAGAAGAUACCAAGGUAACUAUUUACUAAUUGUGGAAGCCAUAAUCUUCAGCUUUCAGUAGCUUUCCAGAUAUUGCCUAGGCAUUUAAACAUUUUUGGUACCUUUAUGAUACAGAUCUUUAAAGAACAAAGUUCAAGUUUUCCUCUGAGUUCUUUACCUAAUGAUUAAGUGUGCUUCAGCAAAAAUUUGGAUUAGAUACAACUUGAUUAUAGCCAAACCUGGAAGCAAGCUUAAUGGAAUGAAAAAAAAAAACAGCUAAUUUCAGCUUACAAUGUAGGCAGUAUGGAAGAAGACAGCACUUAACUCACAAAAACUUUAUAAAACAGUUAUGUAGGAAGUCCUCUAGCUUCAUUACCUUAAACCUCUAAAUGGAGAUUAGUAAAGCAUAAAAUUUCAGUGUUAUGGGAUUGUUGGUUUUCCUAGUAGGCAUGUGGAUUUAAGAAUGCUUUCCUGUAGAUUUCUCCAUUCUAAACUGAUAAUUAAUUUUUCAUCUUACCUUUCUCUGGAAUCUCUUGAAGUUGGGCUAAGGAGGAGGCAUUCCCAUUCCGUGAUAAACAACUCAGUAGUUGCCCUGAGGAUCCCGGCCUAUGCACAUACAACAUAACCAGUUAAGGACAUUCCUGAUGUCUGUACUUUGGACUUUCAAUUAGAGUUUCAACGUUUUCACUAGAGCCUACAGAAGUGUGUUGCUUGAAUCUCAGCUGUGGACCAGAGUCUGAAACCCCAUCAUGUCACAUCCAGAAUACCUUCCUCCCUUGGGACGCGUAGCAAUAUGUGGGGGAACUCAUGGGAAUGAAAUGUCAGGUGUUUACCUAGUCAAGCACUGGCUACAGGAUCCAUCUGAGUUGCAGCGCAGCACCUUUCAGGUCACACCUCUUGUGGGCAACCCACGUGCAGUCGAGCGGUGCGUGCGCUACGUUGGGAGGGAUCUCAAUCGUACGUUCGCUGCAGCUUUUCUAAAUACCAAGGCUUCAGAUUCAGACCUUUAUGAGAUUCAACGUGCUCAGGAAAUCAACCAGAUCUUCGGACCCAAAGGCUCAUCUCAAGCCUAUGACUUUAUGUUAGAUCUACACAACACUACAGCCAACAUGGGUUCCUGCCUCUUACUGAAGUCUGAAUUUAGCCUGUUAUCCAUACACAUGUGUAACUAUAUCCAGAAACACUGCAGAGUGAGACACUGUCCCAUAUUACUCUGUCAACUAUCUGGAGAGGAGACUACUUUCAUGAUGUCAGUGGCUAAACAUGGACUAGCAUUAGAGUUGGGCCCACAACCCCAGGGAGUGGCACGAGCUGACCAACUUGCUAAGAUGAGAUCAAUUGUGGUCUGUGCUUUGGACUUCAUUGAGCUUUUUAACAAAGGCACCUUGUUCCCAGCUUUUGAAAUAGAGGCAUACAGACCGGUUGAACAGAAGGACUUCCCCCGUUAUCCCAACGGGGAGAUUUCUGCUGUAAUACAUCCAAAUCUACAGGAUAAAGAUUUCCAGCCCCUGAAGCCUGGGGACCCAGUUUUCCAGAAUUUUGUUGGGGAGGAUAUUCUGCAUGAUGGUGAUGACACCUUCUUCCCAGUCUUCAUCAACGAAGCAGCCUACUAUGAGAAGAAAAUAGCCUUUUGGAAGACAAAAAAGGAAACAUUUACACAACCGGCACUGCAGAAGACAUUUUAAAUACGAUGAGUUGGUUAAUAAUCAAAGGCAGUUGAAACCUCUGUGUUGUACACAUUCUAACAAUCAGUGAUGCUGGAGAAAAUUUACGUGGUCACUAAGAAUUGGCACCAAAUUGAUGAUACAUAAUGAAAGGAAUUAUGCAUGGCUUAGUCCAUGUAACAAACAAAUGAUGAUAAUCACUCCUUAGUUUAUUGCUUGAUGCAAUUAUCUCCCAAUGAUGUGCCCUUGUGAUGGAAUGUAGUGAGGAGUCCCAAGAGGGAGGGGUGCAUUUUGGAGGAAUAAGAGACAAUUCUGUCCAGAUAUUUUGUGUGAGACAAAGAGGGUGAAGACAGCUGCUCCCUAAUAGUUAUCUGAGUAUAUGGCAGAUGCAAAAAGUAGUGUGCUUAGUCUGGCAAUAUUCUGCGGAUAGAUGUGGAAACAAUAAAGAAUUCAGCUUGGAGGAAUCACUAUGUGUCAUUCUUGGUUUUGGGGCGGGCCUGACAAUCCUUGAGGUUUUAUUUUAUUUUUUUGUGCAAGAUCGGUCUUUACUCCACCUCAUUUCUAGGAUAAUCUUUUGAUGCACAUGCAGAAAACUUGAUAAAUUGGAUAAGCCAGUGUACUCUGGCAAAAAUAUUGUCUCUCAGAUCUACAGUAAAUCAUCAAGGCCAGGGAUCCCAAACUCUUCAGCUGCAUAACCUUUUCAUGCCAUUUCAGUUUGUUCAUUGGCCCCCAAAUAUUUAUUAUAUGAAACUAAUAAAUAUUAUUUUAGUAAUAGUACUAUGAAAAAUAACAAUGACAAUAAUAGAUAAAUGACACAAAUAACCACACACGUUCUUGUAGGUGGCUGGGUAACGCUGUCUUGCCAUUAGCCACCUCACCUUCAGGAUUAGGAUUAGUGUGGAGCUCUGUAAAGACCCCCAAAGGUUAAUCAACUGUCUAUCAUUCACUGACCAUAUUGGAAUGCAUUAGUGAUCUUGAGGAAAGAGAAGGAGAAAUGCUGCCUAGAAAAGAAACAGAUAAGAGGGGCAAGGAGCCAGCAAUCACUUAAUGGUCACAAAAUGAAACCGAGAAAAGAUCUGCCUUACUAUAUCAGGCAGUUAAAAGUGAUGGGUGGAAAUUUAUACUUUCAGACUUGCAAGAUUCUGUUAAUGCAGCCUUACAAUAAAGUACAAUUAAUCUA